UCCGCAACGUAUUCAAAUAGAAACGUGGAUUUUGAGAUUUGUUUUACUUGAUUCAAUAGUUCGAUAUGUCCGUCCAAGACUACACUAAGAAGGCUCACGAAGCUACUUUCACUCUGUACAACGGUGAUAAGAUUCCCGCACUUGGUUUGGGUACUUGGCAAUCUGAAACCAACCAAACUAAGGAAGCCGUCAAGACUGCUUUGCAAUACGGCUAUCGUCAUAUUGAUGCCGCUCACAUCUACGGUAACGAGAACGAAGUCGGUGAUGGUAUUAAAGAAAGCGGCAUUCCUCGUAAAGACAUCUGGGUUACUUCUAAGUUGUGGUGCAACGCUCAUAGCCCUGAAGCCGUCUCCAGUGGUUUGGAAAACUCUUUGAAGGAGUUGAAGCUUGAUUACUUGGACUGUUACCUUAUCCACUGGCCUGUUGCUUUCAAGACUGGUGCUGAGAAGUUCCCUAAGGAUGACAAGGGCAAUUUAAUAUUUGAGAAUGUUACCCUUGAAGAAACAUGGAAGGCCAUGGAGAAGCUUGUCGAGUCUGGCAAGGUUAGGCACAUUGGUAUCUCCAACUUCAACGAUGAAGCCUUGGAGCGCAUUUUGAAGGUCGCCAAGAUCAAGCCUUCUAUUCACCAAAUGGAGACUCAUCCCUUCUUGCCUCAAACUAGCUAUCUUGACAAGCACAAGAAGCUCGGCAUUCACGUAACUGCUUAUUCACCCUUCGGUAACCAAAACGCUCUCUACGGCACUGAUAUUCCUAAGCUUAUUGAGCACCAAAACAUUAAGGAAGUUGCUGAUUCUAAGGGUGAUGGUGUUAGCGGUGCCAAUGUCGCAGUCUCUUGGGCCAUCGGACGUGGUACCUCUGUCAUUCCCAAGUCUGUCAACCCUCAACGCAUCAAGUCUAACUUUCUUUACGUUCCUCUUUCCGAUGAUGAUAUGAAAAAGAUUAACUCUAUCGAUAUCCGUAAGCGCUUUAACCACAGUUUCCCUGGUACUCAUGUUUUCACCGGUUUGGAAGAUGGUGACGUAUAAGGUUGCUAUUAACAAUAAUGCUUUUAUGAUUUAGUUCUCAAAUUAAUGAUUUAGAUGCUUCAUCUUUUGGUUUUCCGCGGAAGACGUUUUGUGUGUGAAUUGUAGGGAAAAGUAAUAAUGAGGGUAAUAAAUAUGGAGUAGAAUUAAGUAGAGAAGGAGUACUUAAGCAGUUGCAUGGUAGUGUGUUCUACAUUGUUUAGAAAGCGUUGGUUCGACCAGCAAAGAGAGAGUUCGUUGGAAAUUAGGUGUGCUUUUAAUGAAUCAUAUAUCUAUCAAGUCAAUUUUAUUGGAAUUGUUGCUAUGCGGCGUACAACGAUGGCG